UUCGCGUCUAGUAUUAGUGUUAUUGUUUAAGUUUUAUAUUGAAUUAUUGCGCUAAUAAAGCGUUGCAAACAACAGCCCCGAAAGCCCAUCAUUUGAUGUUUGUUUGUUGUUCCAUGGGUGUAGCCGUGCUUGUGUGCAUUUGUGCGUAAUAACAUUGCUAUUGCCGUCUGUGCACUUCCUUGUUGUUCAGAGGAAAAAUAUUGUGUUGUGUUUCUUUUUUCCUUCCUUUGCUUCAUUUCUGGUGACUGUCUGAUAACGAUUGAUGAUUUGUCUCGCUAUCUGGGAAAGUGUGCCCGUGUGUCCGCACUAGCAUCCCUGCUGAGAAGAUCGGCUUAUAAUAGCAAAACAGCACAACCGUAAGAAGAAGAAAAGUGUUUACACGUGCCCAACGUUCGUCACCGCGAGAAGAGGUCACCUCAGCAAAAAAAAGGAAAUAAUUAAGGUGUCCUCCACUCGUCGUUCGCUGUUCUCGUUGUGCGGUGCCCUUGUCUGUUUGCUGUUCAUCCCUUCGCAGCAUCAGAAAAGCAAGCGUUGUGAAAAUUACACCGCUGUUUGUGUUUGUUGUGUAUGUGUGCGAAAAAGAAAAAUUACGCACACAGCAUCGCAUUGUUGCGGUCGCAGCUAGCAAAUUACUAAAAUUGUUAAACAAAUUAAAGUAUCAAAGUGAACACGGAAUAUCAUCAUCACCAUGGCUACGUCCAACAAGGAGAUGGAAGAGACGGAAGAUAACACUGAACUCGAUCCAAGGAUCCAGAUCGAGCUCGAGAAUCUCAACACGGCAACGGAUGAUAUUAACAAGCUCGAGAUUGAAUUAGAGGAAGCCAACUCCACGUUUCGGAUACUGAUGAACGAAUCGACCCGCCGGCUGAAGCUGUCUUCGAAAAAGCUCGGCAGCUGCAUUGAGAAAGCCCGCCCGUACUAUGAAGCGCUCGAGAAGGCGAAGGUAGCCCAGCUGGAAUGUCAGGCGGCCACGCUAAAGUAUCAGCGAGCGAACGAGAUCCAUGCGGCGGCGAAGGAGACGGUAGCGUUGGCAGAACAGCGCUUCAUGAGCAACUCGCACGAAUGGCAGUUCGAUAAUGCCUGGCAGGAGAUGUUAAACCACGCUACGAUUAAGGUUAUGGAUGCAGAGAAACAAAAGGCUGAAAGUGGUGCUGAACAUCAAAAGAAGGCAAAGGUGUUUGAAGAGGCAGAAAAGAAAGUACAACAACUAGAGGAACGCUACCGAAGAAGUAUACAAAAGUCGCGCCCUUACUUCGACGAGAAGCAACUCUGCCAGGAACAGCUGGAAGCACAGAAGGGUCGCAUACAGCAGCUCGAACAACAAAUCCAAGCGGCCAAGAGCGCCUACAGUACGGCACUCCGGAAUUUGGAAAAGAUUAGCGAAGAAAUCCACGAACAGCGUGGUGAUCUUAGCCAGGCCGCACCAUCCGGUCCCCGGGAGCCAGGUGUCGGGGCAGAGCUAGCCAACAUUUUGCCCACCACAACCAAGCCCGCACCGUGCAAGGAUCGUUUCCCGUACAGCAGCACCAUGCCGGACAUAUCGAGCGAGCUGGACAAGUGUGAGAUCCGUUCGGUUGGCAGUGCGUCGGUCGCUACCAGUUCGGCCGUAAGCGAAAAGGAUCCAUCGGAAGAGGACGAUUACUCCGGCAUAACGCUACACGACGAUGAAGACCCGUCUUCGGCUGUGCACGAUGACGAUCUGCAUCUGGAGCUGUUGCGGCAGAAGGUGCGCACGUUGGCGGUACGGCCGGUCGAGGGUGGUGACGGUCAGCAACAGGAGCAGGACGUGUGGGAACACGAGCUAAAUGCCACGGUCGACAAGCUGGACCAUCUGAUGAUGUUGCGUGAGUGUUCGCGUAGCAGCACCUUGAGCGGAUCGGGUGUCACCGGUGCGGGUUCUGCGUCCGCUGAGAACUGCGCCACGUUCCGUAGUCUACCAAGUACACCGAAACACCAGCAGCAGCAGCAGCAGCAAUACCAGCAUUACCACCAUCUUCACCCGCAACAACAACAGCCGUCGAUUGGACGCGGUGUAUCCCUUUCACCGGUAGAUUCACCCGCACACGAACAGCACACGAUCAAAAUGUUCAAAAAGCUCGAUCCCCUACCAUUGGCCAACGUUUCAAUGUACGCGCUUCCAACGUAUCUUAGUGCGGCCACGAAUGGUAGUCAUCAGAACGGGAACAGUCUGCUCACUCCAAUCUCUGCCACCUCGCCGGGCGAUAGUAUGUGCGACCAGAGCGAGGCUGGACUGAGCACGAAGCUAAAGCGUAAGAUGUCCAUGUAAAUUCCUUGCCCUGAGUGAGUGGUUGAUUGGUGUGGACUAGCAAUAGUAUUAGGUUGUAGCGUUUAGUCUUAUUAAGACCGGGGGAGGCCAUACCGUGGCCUUUCGCUUUUCUUCCCUCCAUGAUGGGGUGCAGUUCGAUUAGAUUUUAUUUCUAUUCUUUUCAUUUAUCAUUUAAAGUUCGGCAUAGUAUUAAGUACAGAGAACAUAUAUAUAUGAUGAAAAAGAAGGAAUAAACCGAUCUAACGAUUUACCUAGAAAGCGAGCUUGAGCUAUGUCUCCUGCUUAUAUGUUAGAGUUAUAAAGAUUUAGUAGAAGAAGAAAGGUAGAUGCUAAAGUUUUAACGUUUUAAAAUGAUUCACCGGAACAGAAGUAAUAGAGGAUAUAAAUGCAUAGUAAGCAAGCGAAACGUAACCGCGUACCGAUCGGAUCUUCCUUCCCCGAGAUAGCACCUAGAUAUGUUAUGAAAUUCGCGUUUUAAAACAGGUACAGCAGAAAAGAAAAUGGGUGCAAAAAAAACAACAGAACAAAACAAAAUGAACAACACCGUUCGGCUUGAUGUGUCUUGGUCAAAGUGAGUGUGGCAGGGAAAAUAUUCUUAAUGGUGUCAACAAAAUGAUUUCUCGUAAUGAACCAACAUUUGGAAAAUGUCAAAUUUUAUUUACCAUAAUCCUUGCGUUUUGCUAGAAAAAUGUUCCAAACACAAAACAAAAUUAAGACAUUUCAUUUAAUUAAGUUGGAUCAUUUUUUGUUUCUUUCUGUACUCAUUUCCCUUUGGCCAGGAUGUAGACAAACAUCCUUUAAGAGGUGUUUAUUGUUAUAAACACGUAAAAUUGUGUAAAAGAACAAACAUAUGCAUACAUUAUAUUACAUACAACACACACACACACACUGUGAUUAGAAGAAUGCCGGUACAGAUUAGUGAAGCGAACGGAAUAGCAAAAUCAAUUAAGGAAGUUAUACAUAACACACGUUUAUUCGGAGCACUGUAGCAGCUAGACAAAAGACACGUUUAAUUUACCGUGGUUUAAAAUCCCUCCUGGCUAGGGUUCAUGAUACGUGUGAGGGAUGCAUUUGAAGUUUUGCUUACUGAUGGUAGUAAUGGAAAUUGAUCGUCUCUUUUGUACAUCUGUAGACAAGUUUGUUGUGCACAAUCACCUCGUGUUGUAUAAUUUAUUAAAAUGUUUUUAUCCUUUUUUAUCCCAAUACACUUAUCGGAAGAUGCAUUUAAUAUUGUGCAUUUUGUUGAUGUUUCAAUUUUAAACAUUGUUUAAUAAUGAUAAUAAUACUAAUAAUAAUAAUAGUAAUAAUAGCAUUCUACCCUUUUUGAAAUGGGACAUACUACCGGACAAAGUAAACUAACAAUGCAUCCCUCUCCAUCAAGCAUCAGUCGGGUUUUUCUUUCUUUCGUGUUUUGCUAUUCUCGAGCACUUAUUGCAAAUCUAUAGGCGUUAUCAAGUGGAUUAAUAGCCCGCAAAUAAGCAAGGCAACUACAAGCAACUACACCUAGCCAGACAGAUUGUGGACCCCGGUACUACAGUGCGCUCCAGCCGCAAAACAAUGGAUGAUCAUUUUAAGCUAUUAUAGUUAGAGUUUAGCGUACGAAAAGCGAAAGAGCGUCUUAAACAGUAGAAAAAAGUGCGCGCGUGAUUACUAAAAACCUCUAAAAUUUAACAAACUAUUCAGUUCUCUCCCCUCUACUGCAUAAGUAAGAUAACGGAGCGAAGAUCUGUUAUGGAAGAAAAGGAAUAAAAAAUCAAAACAAAACAAA